AUGCCUAGAUCUAAGCGUGAAUUGAAGAAAGGCAAAACUAACGCGAUAUCUACCAGCCGUGAAGUUACUCCCCCUCUGUACACACCGGAUGGCACGCAAUUGUAUGAAGUUGAAUUUGUCUAUGCUGCAAGGCUCACAACAGAUGAUGAGUGGGAGUACCGUACAAAGUGGACCAAUUAUGGCUGGAUAGAAAAUACUUGGGAACCUCAGUCCAGUUUUUGUCUUAGUGAAGAAACUAUUGAAGAAUUUUGGAGGUUGACUGAGGGAGAUCCCGGGGCACUGGACCAUCCACUGAACAAGACGUACGCUCUGACACCAGAGCAACUUGAUGCAUAUAGAUUAAAGAUGUCAAAAGUUACGAAACGGAGCAAACCUGAGGACCUACCACCGCGGUCGCCUUCGCCAAUUCUAGCGAGACCUCAUACGCCACAAAGAGGAGUAAAACUUCCAGAAGUAGACGAACAGUCAGAUAUGUCAUGGGAAGAAACUGAAGGCGAUGCAUAUGAAACCGGUUCCGCAACAGACUCAGAGGAGGAAGGAGAUUCACUCGAACCGGAGGACAAUGCAGAACCCACGAAGCCGCCCACAAAACGAAACAGGAACUUGAAGAGAACCCGGGAGAGCCAUCCUGACAGCACCCAACCAUAUCUCCCCGUACCCGGCAGUAUAUUGGAAACAAAAUUGAAUCUUUAUAUGAACACUGACUACGCUCUUCAACACCCCGAAGACCCUGGGCGACAGUACAAAGAUUUCAGCAUGAAAACUCGACGUAAUGAUGACUCGCACAAAUCUGACGUACCUCCACAUGGCGGAACUGAUUCUAACAGCAAUAGAAAUUUGCCAGAUCCAUGGAUGAGCGAACAGGCAGAGUCAGAGUCUGGUAAUGCUCGUUUUCUCGAUUCCGCCUUAUUUGCGGUUGAGUGUCAGCAGCUGGAGCUUGCACAAGAAUACUCUGGGUCGUCCCAAAUUAUGGACGUCGAUGGUAUCGGUGGAGCGGUCGAACCAACAAAUGAAGUUUUGCCACAAGAGGGCGAGUCUUUCUCAACAUUUAUGGGCGCCGUUCCGCUCAAACUCAUACAAGAAUGCUUCGAAAAUACACGGAAGGAUUUCGAUACCUUGGAGGGUCAACCCGGAGAUGCAAACCCAGGUGCUAAAACUGCUGAGGGCGCAGAACAGAUCGUGCAGGAUCCGUCGGAAGAGGAGAUCGAAGCCAUAGAAAAUGCUCUUCUCUAUCCUUGGGAAGGGUUAGAGGAACAAAUUCUAGAGUGA